GUUUGCCUCACGACCAGUCAGCAAUGCACGCAUGCAUCUGUUUCUUUUUACCCAAAGGUCUUGCACUCGAUCGUGUGCAACUGAUUCUUGACCGCCAAUGCAAGAAUCGGCCAAUCGUCCGUAGCGUCGCCGGCGCUGGGAUUUUCUUGCACGCCCGCCGGCCAUGGCGGCGCUGGCUCUGAGCUCGCUGGAGACGAUGCUGAAUUCGCUGAUAGGGAGGCCAAAAGGAGGAGGAGGAGGCGACGACGUGCUCGUGAACAUCGACGGUGCGCUCGACUCGCCGCCGCCGCCGCCGCUUCCCGCGCGGCCGAGCCCUCGACGCCGGCGGCGUCCUUCGCAGCCGCCGAGGGUCAUCGCCGUCGGAACCUCGAGGCCGUCGAUGCCAUCGCCGCCGCCGCCGCAGUCAUCGUCAUCUCGCGAGGAGGAGGAAGCUGCAGCGGCAUUGGUGGAGGAGCUCGAGAGGAAGGCGGUCAUGGCGGAGGCGCGGCUGAGGCAGAAAGAGGAGGAGAACGCCGCGAUGCUGCGGGAGUUCGACAGCUACCACGUCAGGUGGCUGCAGUACGAGAUCCGGCUCAGCUCGCUCAAGGAAACCAUCGACGAACACAAGGCUUCUCUGCAGAUGGCUCAAGAAUCCGCCGAAAGAUCGCACGAGAUGUUGCCACUCGAUCGCCACCCCCAUGAGUCCUCCAAACCCCACAUGAAGGUGUCCGAAGACACGCCGGCGGUCGUCGCCAGGCGAAACGCGCCGGUGAGCCGGGCGGCCGGCGCGGAGCACCGGCAGCAGCAGCAGCAGAACCAGGCGCUCGUCGUCGUCGAGCCGAGGGAGCCGUGGCAGCCGGGAGCUCCGGACGGCAACUCCGUCGAUGACCUCGAGAAGCUCAAGUCGCAGUUCAGCGCGUGGAAGAAGGAUUACAAGGCUCGGCUACGCAAGGCGGCCAUGGCCGAGCUCAACCGGGAGAGAAGGCAUCGAAGCAGCUGUUGGAUUUAACAGUGUCACUCAUAGUGAUAAAAAAGAGGUUAUUUUGCAUAUUUGAGGUUUUUUAAAACUAAGACAAGACAUGUAGGACAUAUGUGGGAAGUCUUAGAUUCUAAGAAAAAAUUGUUUGGUAACCAAUUUUUAAGAUCUGAAAAAGCUCUUCUCUAGCUUUUGUAUUCUUAGUUUAUUUUAUAGACUUUAUAACUACAAAUUGCUUUUAAAAAAAGUUACAGAUAAGAGAAGCUCCCUAAACAUAAACAUAGUAUUUGGUAUAGGAAAAGGUGGAUAAUAAAUGGUCAGUGCAACUGCAUGUACUUCAAAAGCAGGUAAUGAGCAAUUAAAUCAGUGUUCCGUUUGGUAGCAAACAUCGUGGAGCUACGUUGUAAAACAAAAGCCACUUGACUUAGUAGUAAGAAAUAAAAAAUAUUAAUUC